CGUGCUGUGACACCGGCUCCUACUGCUGAGGGCUGCCGCUGGCUGCUUCACAGGACACUGCGAGUUGUGUGAGCUCCUCCCCCCUCAGUGUGACAACAACAACUCGUCCACAGCGCAGCCAGCACUUUUCAGCCUCAUUUUCUCUCUGUCAUUUCUUUUCAAUCUUUGAUCAAUGUGCUGCCAGAAAGAGCCCGUGUGUUUUGAGCCUCCUCCUUUUCACCUUCAUCUCGCAACUUUCCACUAGACCUGGAAAAAAACACACACACAAUCCCCAUAAAGAAACAAACACACAAGAGGCGCCUGUUAGACUUCUACUUUUAAGUUUUUUUUUAAUUGUGGAGCAGUAGGAGGGGAUCUAUCUCCCCAUUAUAUCCACACGUCAGGGCUUUGGUGCAACUUAUUUAUUUUAUGCUAGUUUUUUUUUUCCUGCUGUAACUUUUGCACUGCAGAGUAGUAUUAAUUAGCACUGCCAUUCGUAUGUGACCAUGGCUGUGCCGGCUGCUUUGAUCACUCCGACCCAGCUGGUGACACCUCAACCUGCAAUCUCCUCUUCGGCUUCCUCCUCGUCUUCAUCAGCGAACUCAUCCGCUUCUCCUUCGCCUUCUAUUGCACCUACUUCGUCUGGGCCAAAUCUUUACAGAACGGAGCCCAUUGCUGCAACCACGGUCACAUCAAGCAACAGCAGCAAUGCCACCAAUAUAAGUAACAACAACCCAGGGACAGGGGGAUGUGGAGGCAAUGCAAUCAGCAACAACUGCAGCAGCAAUAGCCCCAGCCUGGCCACCACCAACUGCAACAUCAGCAUCAGCAGUCACCACCACAACCCGGCUAUCCCAAGUACCCCCUCCACCUCCACCAGCACCACUUCCACUACAACCAGCAGCAGUACCCCCAACGCCAACCUCCCUGGAAAACCUGUGUACUCUACCCCAUCCCCAGUGGAGAAUAUACCCCAGAACAAUGAGUGCAGGAUGGUGGACUUAAGGGGGGCUAAAGUGGCAUCUUUCACAGUAGAGGGCUGCGAGCUUAUCUGUUUGCCACAGGCUUUUGACCUUUUCUUAAAGCAUUUAGUUGGGGGGCUGCAUACGGUGUACACAAAGCUCAAGAGGUUGGAGAUCACACCUGUGGUGUGUAAUGUAGAGCAGGUCCGGAUCUUGAGAGGCUUGGGGGCCAUUCAGCCUGGGGUCAACCGCUGUAAACUGAUAUCCAGGAAGGAUUUUGAGACCCUUUACAAUGACUGUACUAAUGCAAGUUCCAGACCGGGAAGACCUCCAAAAAGAACUCAGAGUGUUACUUCACCAGAUAAUCCACAUAUCAUGCCCCAUACUGUGCCUGGCCUUAUGUCUCCUGGAAUGAUCCCACCAACAGGCCUGACUGCAGCAGCUGCAGCCGCAGCAGCUGCUACUAAUGCAGCCAUUGCUGAAGCGAUGAAAGUGAAGAAAAUCAAGUUAGAAGCAAUGAGUAGCUAUCAUGGCAGCAAUAACCAGCAUGGAACAGACUCUGACAAUGGAGAUCUCAAUUCAAGUGUUGGGAGCAGUGAUGGCUCUUGGGAUAAAGACAAACUCCAAUCCCUUCCUACCCAAGGAUCACAAACCUCUGUUAACCAUCCAAACUUGCCUGGACAGCAUAACCUUCCAGUUACUCAUCCUCUCAACUCUCUUCAACAGAAUCACCUUCUGCCCAAUGGUUUGGAGCUCCCUUUUAUGAUGAUGCCACACCCAUUAAUCCCAGUUAGCCUACCUCCAGCAUCUGUUACCAUGGCAAUGAGCCAGAUGAAUCAUCUCAGCACUAUUGCAAAUAUGGCAGCAGCAGCACAAGUGCAGAGUCCUCCAUCCAGAGUUGAGACAUCAGUAAUUAAGGAACGUGUACCAGACAGUCCAUCUCCAGCGCCAUCUAUUGAAGACGGACGAAGGCCAGGCAGCCAUCCCUCAUCUCACAGAAGCAGCAGUGUUUCUAGCUCUCCAGCACGGACAGAGAGUUCUUUAGACAGAAUUCCAGUCCAUCAAAAUGGUUUAUCUAUGAACCAGAUGCUUAUGGGUCUUUCACCCAACAUCAUACCAGGACCCAAAGAAGGUGACCUUGCUGGCCAUGAAGUUGGACAUGAAACAAAAAGAAUACACAUGGAAAAAGAUGAGACCCCGCUCUCCACACCAACUGCAAGAGACAGCUUUGAGAAACUUUCUCUAACAGGACAUGGGCAACCUCUACCGCCUGGGUUUCCAUCACCCUUUCUAUUUCCUGAUGGUUUGUCUUCCAUAGAAACACUUUUAACUAAUAUCCAGGGUUUGUUAAAGGUUGCCAUAGAUAAUGCCAGAGCUCAAGAGAAACAGGUACAAAUGGAGAAGACUGAACUGAAGAUGGAACUCUUCAGGGAAAGAGAACUAAGAGAAACCAUAGAAAAACAACUUGCAGUAGAGCAAAAGAACAGAGCAAUAAUUCAAAAAAGACUAAAAAAGGAAAAGAAGGCAAAAAGAAAAUUGCAAGAAGCACUUGAAUUUGAGUCAAAGAGGAGAGAACAGGCUGAACAGACAUUGAAACAAGCAGCAUCAACGGAAGGUCUCAGGGUACUCACCGACUCUUUGACCCCAGAGAUAGAAUCUGACCGUAAUGGGGGUAGAACAGAUGCUGAAAGGACAAUACAAGGUCUUCAAAGUCCUUUUUUGAGAAAUGGCGUCCAAAAUUGUACUCCAUAUUCAAGAUGCAAGACUUUAUUUAAAAACCAGUGUUAUGUACUGAAGAUACCUACAGAUCAGAAACAGACACUGCAGGAAGAAGGACUCAUUGGAAACUUCUAAGGAAAUUGAUGUUGUUUUUUUUAAAUGACACUCAUUCCUGAUUACCAGUGUCCUUUAAUAUACUGUUUUGCCAGACUGCCAAUUGAAGACUAUUUAACACCAGAUAUAUUGAGAAGUUUUUUUAACUGUUUCAAGUGGCAUUCCUCAUAUUGGAAAUUAUUUGAAAUGCUGCUGCAACCUUGUAUAAAGACUAUGGGCAAAUAAAGCCUACUGUACUUCUUUUUUUUUAUGGAACUUGUCUAACAUUUCUGUAUUUGAGCACAUUUGAACCUUCCAUUGGUGGCCACAGACAUUUGAACAUAUGAUCACACCUAAACCAGCAAUGAAGUUUAGAAAGAAUCUAGUGAAGACGCAUUGAAGAUCUUAAAAGGGCAUGCACUGAAAUGGAAAACACAUAAAAAAAACCUGUAAAAUUAGUUUUUUUUAAAGUUAUCCUACUAGAGAAUACACCUUACUGUGUAUAUUGAACUACUGUAUUAUUUAAACAAAAACACAAACUGUUUCUGUAUAUUGAAUGUAAUCUAAUUUUUUCAUUGAACCCUUUUCCACCAAAACUUAUAUAAAAUAAUAGAAAAACUCAUUAAUACUCAUGUGUGGUUCUUGUAAUUGCUUUGAUUAUUAAAACUAUUUGGCCACAUGUACAUAGACACAGUCAUACAAGGAAGGUAUUAUGUAUGCAGUAGACUAUUAGAGUUUUCAGAAAAUAAUUUUAGACAAUGUUUUGUCAUUUUGUUGGUUUAAAAAAAAAAAAAAAUGUUUAUAAUUUUAACGCAUGCAGGCAUGUAAAUAUUUGUCCUGAAGUCACAGUAUUAAUAAAAUUCUUAGCAUCUGGUGACAAAACUCUAAGCAUCUGGUGACAAAAAAAAAUGCUCACAUCAACCACUAAUAUUUGUAUAUUAAGUCAUGUUUUUUUGCCCUUGAAUGCCACAAAUAGGAUUUAUGUGUGGCAGAUCAGCAAAUUUAAACACCAGAAAUAUUUUUAUAUGAUUAUGUCAACAUUGAGUAAAAAAUCUUGAAAACAAAAUCAACCAAUGUACAUGUGUUAUAUCCUUCCACUAAUAUGAAGCAUUGACUUUUCAGACUACAAAUCUCACUACUGCAUUUUAUGAUCACUGCCUAUCUUUCAUCAUUAUUGUAUAUUAUUGAGUGAAAGGGGAUUGAGUCUGUAUUUUUGCAGCCUUUAUCGAGCCAAUAUUAUGAAUAACUGGAACUAAACAAUAACAUAUUCUUUCCCCACAAGAUCUUUUUUUUUCUUUUGAACUUUCUGUGUACCCCUUUAAAAUCAUUAGUUCUAGAAAGUUUAAUGAUUUUAGUUUCUACACAUAUCUAGUUUUAUGCACAUAAAAUGUAAUUUAUUUUGUUAUAACACAUCAAAAAAUGUUUUUAAUGUCAAAUUUAAAACUUUAUUCCUGUACAGUUUAAUUUCAAUUAGACUAUAAUAGUAUUGUUUGUUAUUAAACAGCUGUAGCUUGUAAAGUCUUCCUUGUUGUGCUUAGACAGAUAUUUUAUGUGUAAAACUGGAGAAUACAUUUCAAUUCACUGAUGUAAUUUUUAAAUAAACAUUGUAUAUAAAGUUUCACAUUCUUUUUUAUGAUACCGAGCAAUAUUUUUUCAUUAAAAUAUUGUUAAUACUC